AUGGAACCUUCAGCGGUCUCCGCGCUGCCUGGGGCCGCAAACGCUGCAGACGACGCAGUGGCCGUACUGCUUCACAUCGACAGCUCGUCCCUACGCUCGGACGACGCACCGGACGUGUGCGUGUCGCUCUUUGACACUGCACGCGUGUGCAUGGACUUGGCGGUCGAUCUGACGCUCGUGCUGGGCUUCGAGCGCGCGAUCUACCUCACACACAGGGACACAGACGCAGCUAAGGGAUCGCCAGAAUCGUACGCAUCGUCUUUGCAUGUCAUUGUCGAUGCACAGACCGUUCGGCUCAAGCCGCACGAGCGAGUGGCCGACGUCACGUGGCUCGACAGCGCGUUCGUGUGUGUGGGCUACACCACCGGCAUCGUGCGCUUGUUUACGCGCUCGGGAGCGCUUGUCUUUGAGCAGCAGCUGCACCGCGCUGCAGUGCACAAGCUGACGGUGAAUAGGGACGUGGCGACUAUGGCGCCGCGUCGAGCCACGCUGCCAAGUCAAGCACCAAGCGAGCCCGAGCCGGCCGAGUUCUGGGUCUUGUACGCCGAUGCCACAGUCGUUGUGCUCCAGGUCUCGGAGGUGAUCGCUGCGGUGCGGGCUGGAGGCGUGGAGCCGGCUCAAGUCCAUAAGGUUCGCAAGUACUCGCUGCGAGGCCAGACAGACGUGGUGGCUGCAGUCCCGUGUGGACCAGUCCGACCCACAAUCUUUCAGUCACACGCUCGUCUUGGUGUCUACACGAUCGUGAGUGCGGGCUCUGCGCCGUUUCUCUCGUUCUACCCGGCUGGCAACGACCAGAACUCGAUCAUUCACUUGGCGCAAAUUGCGAUAGCCAUUGCAUCCAGAGCGGCUGGGGCGGCGUGGCGCUUCGCAACGACGUGGGGAUGGAGACGAGGCACAGACGAGACGUUGGCUCGUGGAGAUGAGCAGCGAGCGGUGGCUGCUCCUUUGAGUUCAGAUGCGAUUGAUUCUGCAGUGGAGCACAUGCCAACCCCACUUGGCUCGACUCACUCGAUUGACGAAGAUGAACGGCGACGAUGUCGAGUCCUGGUACUGAGUCCUUCGGGCAAAUUAGCCGCUGUUUCGGACUCGUUGGGACGUAUUGUACUGAUUGAUACCUCUCGAAUGGUUGUUAUAAGGAUGUGGAAAGGGUAUCGAAAUGGACAGUGUGGCUGGAUGCAGGGCUUGGAAGGUGCUCGUCGUCCACUUGGAUUAUACCUGGUCAUUUACUCUGCUCAACGUGGCAUUGUCGAAGUAUGGCGUGCACGAUAUGGCCCCCGAGUUUUUAGUUUUGCUGUGGGUAACUGCGCGAAACUAUUCACGCAGUUCGAUUCCGUCACCAGACGAACAAAGUGUUAUAUUUUGACGAAAUCGAGCGGUACUAUGUCGGAAGUGAUUGAGCUAAAACCUCGGCUACCUAAUGCAUCGACUUUGAUGAAGUAUUUUACGCAGAACAAACUUCAAGAGGAGCAGUUUCGUUUGCACCAAGUGGUCGGUAGUCUACAUGCGUUUGUGAAGAAAAAUGGUGACCAUACACAUGAGCACAAUACAUUGAAUUCGUUGCUAGAAGACAUGCGCAGUUUUUCUGCAUUGACGACGAUCCAGGCACUUCUGGACGUCUUACUAAAGGCUGACAUGAGAUCGCUUGAUGCUGCCUUUUUGUUAAGGGCACUGGAGAACUUACAGCUGGCGUUGAAAAACGAGGUAGCAUUUGCAACACCGACAGGUGCAAGCCUGUCCCUUCAGUGGAAGUUACUUUGGCAAUACCGCCUCGUAUCUACAUUUAUCGGCUUCCAGACUGAAUUUGCGAGUGGAAAGCAUGCUUUCAUGUCUAUGCUGCAGACCUCUGACCGGGAAAUCCUAUUGCAAUCCAGUACAAGCUCUGGCUGUGAAGAGAAUAACUCUCCUCCGUUCUCUCGUGUUAUGCCAUGGUAUGAACUCUAUCGUCGGGCUGGUCUUGCCUUCGACGAUGAAUCGUGUAUCAAGACAUGCAGAGCGAGUGAUAGUGCCAGUCAGCUGACUGCGUGGGAGUUUAUGGAAUUCUUUUCGAUGCCGUUUGAUGAUCCGGACUUGCCUCGUCGCCGAGACAUAAUAUCGCUAUUUGAGACCGCUGAGACGGACGAGCACUUUUUGCGUGAUGCUUUCCGUGUGUUAGGGACUCCGCUUUUGCGCAAGUUUUCGACUCUCGCGCAUAGGAACUGCUUCUUGACGUUUAUUUUCGCUCCAGUGCUAUCGAGCGUCUUCGCGGUUCAGGAGCUGCAACGAUUACAUUCUACCCUUUAUCUGACGGAAGGGAUUCUCACAAAGUUAUUUGUUGAUUGGUACUUUUCACUGCCUCUUGGCAUGGUGCUCGCUCUUCCCUCUCCUUCAUCGUCGUCGUCUCUCCAACGUUGGCUGCAACCAUAUUUCGUCAUUGCAGAUGUGGAGGAAGCGAUCGGACAAGAGGGGGACAAUGUUGACGUGUCCUACGUGCCGACAGAAACCCGCGUUUUUCGCUUGCGAGAUUGUCAUCCGUCUGUCGUGGAAUUCUUCGAUUCAUGCUGUAAGACGCCAAAGCUUUUUCAUGCAUUUGUGUUAAGUGCGCAUUGUGGAUGGAGCGAAAAACAGUCGGCGAAACAUGCCGAAGAAGCCACGUUUGGAAAGUAUAGCAUCAUUGCUAGCGGUGUACGCUGGGCCGUUCUGCAGGAGUGUAUUGCCAAAACGAUGCACUUGUCAUUGCGGCUUGGAAAAGCUGGCUGUUUGUCCGUUGACGCUGUCGAACAUGUGGAUGAUGUCAUGCAGAGGGUUGCCGUCAUGCAGCUGAAUGACGGCCACGAGGUCGGUGAAGAUGACGCUGCUGUGCAAUUGCCAGAAGACCAUGCGGAUGUCGAUGUCGAUGGUGACGAGACCGACGGUCCGGACGAGAUGAGCGAGCAGAUUUCGCAAUUGAAAGAAUGCGAAGGCCGGAACGACGUGUUCGCUUGGGUGCUCAAUGAUACCCAGCCACCUCUCGCGGUAGACGCUCUCGUCGAGAAGCUUGAUCUCACGCCAUCGCUUACUUCGACCCACUAUCUACUGCUCAAGUGUUUGUCCAUGAUGGUACCCACGGGUGAGGAAUUCGAAAAGGUUUCGGCUAUGUCCGUGCUCGUGAAGGACGUCAUUAGCCAGGUGAAGCCGCAGUCAUAG